ACCGCUCAUUUGACAAGUCUCACUGAUCAAGUCUAUGCUCUGUCUUCAUUAUGGAUGACCAACGCUUUCCAGCUAAUGUGCGCAUUAUUGGAGUGAUGCACAAAGAUAAAGUUAAGAUGUUCAUGACCUCUGUGGUCUGGUCUGAUAGGAAUGAGGUGAUCAUCUACAGAUCAUUCCAAGAUUUCAAGAAACUCCAUAAACAGCUGAAAAAGAAACAUCCAUCGGCAACUCCAUUACGCAAAUCUGACAGAAUUCUCCCCAGAUUCAGAGGUGUGAAGAGAAACUUCCAGAAGAAGGGACCGAGUAAGAGUGUCCACCGGGUCAAAGCUCUGGAGAAAUACUCCACGGAGCUGCUCCAGUGUGACCCCAGUGUCGCACAAAGUUCAGAGGUCAUUCAGUUCUUUCGGCCAAAAGAUCAUGACCUGCAGCCAGACUUUGCCAAAAACAGCAUCAUCAUAGUUCCGUCAGAUGACCUGGGAGAAGGGACAGGAAACAAGCAGAGCAAGCGCCUCAGUAUGGGCAAUGUCACCCAGCCUUUCCUGACUCAGACCUACCGCACUGUGGCCCCUUACGAGGCCAAGGACACCAAGAAUAGACCCUUCAAAGUGGAUGUAGAUCAAACCCUGGAUGUCCUCAUCAAAGACCAGAAAGGCUGGUGGCUUGUGGAGAAUGAGGAGAAAUGUCUUGCAUGGUUCCCUGCCCCAUACCUGGAGCCGUGUGAUGAGGAAGAGGACGAGGAUGAUUUUGAAGCUGCUUCCUUUGAAGAUACAUUGUACUGUGCAGCAAGAAACUAUGUCUCCAAAAAGAGAGAUGAAGUAUCAGUAAACAUUGGCUCUGUGGUGGAAGUGUUGCGCAAGUCUGAUGAUGGCUGGUGGCUUAUCAGAUACAAUGGCAGGGUUGGCUAUGUGCCGUCCAUGUACCUCCAGCCUUACAGCAACCCGUACGUCGGCCUCCAGAAGAAGCUCCACAGCUCCACCUUCAACCUGUCCCAGCUGCCGGGCAGUCCGCGUGGACGCCUGGCCCAGACGGGUCACUCCCGCUCCAUGGAGGACCUUCUCGAACCAAGCCGCGCGCGUACCCGCAGCACGCUCGACGGUGCCGCGUCCGCCGCCGCCUCCUCAGACCGCCAGGAGCUGGACAGCCGCAAGAGCAGCGUGAGCACGGCCAGCGACGACACCGACUUCAGCUUCAGCUCCUCGGGGAGCCUGUCGGGGACGGAGGCGGAACAGUCGCCCAGGGUGUUCAGCCGCGGGGCAAGCCCCAGAGGUAGCCCCAGCAGUAGCCCCAGCAGUAGCCCUAGCAGUAGCCCCAGCGGUAGCACUAGCGGUAGCCCCAGCGGUAGCCCCAGCAGUCGCACUAGCGGUAGCCCCAGCGGUAGCCCCAGCAGUCGCACUAGCGGUAGCCCGAUUGGGAGCCCCAGUGGAAGCCCCACCACCGCCGGGGUCCCCCCCAGAGUGCCGCCCCGGCCCCAGACCCAGGAGAUCUUCGCCCGCUGCACCACCUACACCCGCAAGGCAGCCAUGGCCUCCAGGGCCCGGCUCCUCCCGCAGCAGCACGAGAUCCAGGCGCGCUAGCGAGCAGAAACUGAACUAACACCUGAAAAUGGGCCGCAUUUGAGUAAUACAAAGGAGAGACCUCGGCAAAGAAGAUCAAUAGAACGUUAACGUGACAUUACAUGAAACAGACUGAUUUGUAUUGAAACGUUCAUUAGAUAUCUCAGUUGUAGACAUUUAAAUAGAAUGUCUCCCAUCCAUCAUGCCGCCAGGUGCGAGGGAGUGUCAUUGGCCUACUUAAUGGUAUGGGCUCCAUGGUUACCUUUAUGAUGUUCAUGCAUCAUUAUUAUGUAUUGCUUAUGUGCACUGCUAUGUCUGUGUUAUAUAAUGUCAUACUAGGUUUGCCAGAAUGGGAUGAUGACUAACCCAGCAGGUUUGGUAAGGAUGUAUUGUAUGAUUAUGAGAUGAUUAGUCUCUUGGUGGAGACACAUUGUCUGCCCUUGGUAUUCAAAGAUUGGGUGUUUGCACACCUGCAAAGCUGCCAUGACGUCCGGAAAUCCUCAAGGCGAGAGUGGACAGUCCAGAUUCACAUGCUGGAGAGAAGUCAUUGAUGAGAGAGGAAUUUGAUGUCUACAGCAGAGACUUUAGUGGAGUUGAUAGGACAGGACAUUAACAGAGGAUUGACAAGAUAAAACAAGAUGGCGCAGCGCAGUGGCUGGAUAAUGUAUUUUCUACAUGCAUGUAUUCACCAUAUUUUAACUGUAUUCAAAUUGUAUUGAAUGUAUGUAAUCGGGGGUAUUGAAUUGUUGAAUACUGAAUUGUUUUGGCACCAUAGUUACUGAGAUCGUAGAUCACCAUAGAUCUUUUUGAUUAAGUUUUCAUUCUUAUCCGAUGUCUAUGGACAGUCCUGUCUCUCCAAAGUUGUGGAGUCAGGAUUUUCCAAACUUUUGUCAGGAUUUUGACUAGUCCAGUUGUUUGAGUAAGAAUAUGUGAAUAUUCACCCUUGUUUAAAUAAGGAUAUAGGUGGGGACUUCUCCAUAAUCUAUCCCCUAUUGUUUUUCCUUGUAUCUGUUUGUUUUGUUUUUCUAUUUACAUGGUUGUCUGACAAAUGUUUGCUUUGCCUCUUCUCUCAGAAUGUCAGGGGUGACCUCAUUUGAAAAGUAUACGGCUUAAAGCCACUUGUAUUCCACACUGGAAUUUUUUUUUUUCACUUUGCUUUGUGAUAUAAUAUUUCUUUUAUGACUUCAAACUGAAAUAAAUAAA